AGUGCCAGGUCCUCUGCUGCAGGACUUUAGCAAGCUGGCCUUGGGUGGCCUACACAGCCACCUGUCAAAAGAGCAUCACACGUCUCUUGUCCCCCUGACCCUCCAUGCAGUCACAUAGCAACAGGCCUCCACAAUGGCAGAACAAAGAGGUCCUCGCUCGAUGCCCCUUCCUCCCAGGGAGCUGUAUGGGCAGCUAAUCCCGAACACAAAGCAGCCGCGGCUCUCCAUUGUUAGGCGCCAGCCCCGAGGGCACAUCUGCUGACCGGCUCUGGAACGUCCCAGCGCGGGCCGGCCGGGUUAUUUAGCAGGCGCGGACCAGGCCGUGGCCUUCCGGGAGCCAUGUACCGCCGCAGCUACGUCUUCCAGGCCCGCCAGGAGCGCUACGAGCGCGCGCAGCCCGCGGGCCCCACCGCCCAGCCCGGGGGAACCGCGCCCGGCCUGGCCGCGUUGCAGGCGCUGGGCGAGCGCGUGGCCGCCCAGGUCCAGCGGGCCCGCGCGCUCCAGCAGCGCCACGUUGGCCUGCGGCGGCAGCUCGACGCCUUCCAGCGCCUGGGCGAGCAGCCCGGGCCCGAGGACGCGCUUGCCCGCCACGUCGAGGCCAAUCUGCAGCGCGCCCGGGACCUGGCAGCCGAGCACGCGCGGCUGGAGAGGCAGGAGGCCGAGGCGCAGCGCGCGCUCGACGAGUUCCGCAGCAAGUACGAAAAUGAGUGUGAAUGUCAGUUGGUGCUAAAGGGAAUGCUGGAACGGCUUAACAAGGAAGCCGAUGAAGCCUUACUGCGUAACCUGCACCUUCAGUUGGAGGCACAGUUUCUGCAGGCAGACAUCACUGUGGCCAAGGACAGGUACAAGAAGAAUCUUCUGGAAAUUCAGACCUACAUCACCAUCCUGCAGCAGAUCAUACAGACUGCUCCUCAAGUGUCCCUGGUUACUGGUGGAAUGAGGGAGGAGAAGCUGCUCACAGAACGGGAAGUGGCUGCCCUGCGGAACCAGCUGGAGGAGGGCCGGGAGGCAGUCACCCACCUGCAGGGACAGAAAGCUGAGCUGCAGGCCCAGACAGCAGCCCUGGAACAAGCUAUUAAGCAUGCUCACGAGUGUUACGAUGACGAGAUACAGCUUUACAACGAGCAGAUCGAAAACCUUCGGAAGGAGAUAGAGGAGGCAGAGCGGUCUCUGGAGAGGUCAUCCUAUGACUGCAGGCAGCUGGCCGUGGCCCAGCAGACCCUGAGGAAUGAGCUAGACCGUUAUCAUCGGAUCAUUGAGAUUGAAGGCAACAGGCUGAGCUCCAUUUUCAUCGAGACUCCCGUUUCUCUGAUCAGCCCAAGCCAUGGGGCCUCUCUCAGCCUUGGAUCCAGUGUGAAAGAUAUUACCAGGGCUGUGCAGGAUAUUACAGCAGCUAAGCCAAGACAGAAGGCCCUCCCCAGGAGCCUUCCAAAAAGAAAGGAGAUUAUAGCUCAAGAUAGAGUGGACGAAAGUCUGGAAGAUGCACCAUUAAAAGCUCUGCAAGAGCCAAAGGCGGUACAGGUGGAACUGAAAGCAGAAGGCGACUCUCAAGUGGGAGUAGGGGGAGGACAUGAAGUAAGUCCAACACCAGAAGGGGGUCCUGAGGAUGUGCCAGACGGGGGCCAGAUAAGCAGAGCCUUUGGAAAACUGUGCAAAGUAGUCAAAGAGAGAGUGAGCGGCCACAAAGAGCCUGUGCCAGAGCCUCCCGCGGACCUUUUCACAAAAGGACGGCAUAUACUUGUCACAGGGGAGUCUAGUUUUGUUGACCCUGAGUUCUACUCCUCCUCCAUCCCAGCUAGAGGUGGGGUGGUGAUUUCCAUUGAGGAAGACUCUAUGCAUCAUGACGACCACGUGGAGCCCUCUCCUGGGCAGCCCAUGCCACCUGUGGAGAAUGGCCAGGGGCUUCCCCAGGGCAGGGAAGGUGAUCACUCAAACCAUCAGCAGGUUACAGACAAGAACGGGAUAAGGGCCAAGGAACCAAAAGACCUGGAGGAAAAAGAUGAUAAUGGCAAGAAGGAAGAUGAGGGGUGCAGGAGACCCUGUCCUGUGAUCAUAUCUGGUCCUGAUGAACCAUCUACAUCCCAUUCACAGACGUCUGGGUCCAAUCAGGAUGGACCAGAGGGGCCUGGGAGUAAGAGCAGUAGCCUGCUGGCCAAGAGUCCUUCGAAGGCUUUGUCUAUUAAGAAGGUAGAGGUGGUGGAAUCCAUUGAGAAGAUUUCAACAGAGAGUAUUCAAACAUAUGAAGAAACUUCUGUCAUUGUGGAGACUGUGAUUGGGAAGACGAAGGGCAACAAGAAACUGGGAGAGAAGAGCUUGUCAAAUGCCAGGGUUUGAAGGGAGAAAGUGUCUGGGGCCAGUGUAGGAGGAGUGCUUUGAGAUGGGCUCCCGUUUGGAUUAGAUCAUAGUUGACCUGUCUGGCAUUGCUGAUGACCUUCAUUAAACUGCUUUAUUUUUGCUUGCACCA